UCAGCCCUCGUCGACGAUGUAACUCACCGACUGCGUUUGGAAGAGAGAAAAAAAACCCUCCUUUAUUAUUUGUGCGCUACAACAAAAAGCACUUUUGUUUCAACUAAUUGUUGCUCCUCAGACACAAAUCGCUCCCCGCUGGCUUCAUUUCCAGCGCUGCAGCAUCCUUGCAGAGUAAAGCCUCUGCUGCCGAUUCCAUUUUUUUUCCCCAGACUGCGUUUAGAGGUACCGUCGACGGGAACAGAGAACUGGGCUCAUAUGGGCUCCUGUCUGAACCGGCGGCGGACGGUCUCGCUGUUCAAUGUGCGCGGAGGAGACGAUGUGAAGCAACGACCAAGGGAACUUCGGACAACCUUGUUUCUCUUUUUAUUUUUCGCACGCAGAGGCGCGCAUUACUUGGCUUUAGGUGGACACGCAUAAUUAAAGAAGCGGCAGGGAUCCUCAGGACGGACCUGCUGUGCAGAGGAGGAUUCGUGCUCGUUUUUGACGCGGCGCCGUUCACCUGGAAUACCUGAGGCUCUCCGAUGACAACGCAGCUACACCGACCUCCGAACACUGUUGCAUGUUUUCACGCCUCGUAUUCCGGCCCCCGGCGGUCCUGCCCGUAGGUUUAUACCCCUGGAUCGGUAAGUGCUGAUUUCACGCCCCCCACCCCCUCGGGUGCGACCGAAACUCAGAACAGUUACAUGCAAUGUCUCCUCAAAGACGGUGCAUGGCAUGCAAGCAAACGAUGCGCGGGACUCACAGGAUUCUCUGAGCAGGAUGACAUUUAGUUAAAAAAAAAAAAAAAAAGAAAAACUCUCGGCGGACCGAGACCCAGAAGCGACGUUCUAUAUUCUGUCCCGUGGGCUCGCGUCGCCUUCCACGCGAAGGGGAAGCGCAUCCAGACCCGACCUCUGCCGGCGGCGACUAUAGACUCUUUCUUUGCUGAGCGGGUUCGGGCAGAUGGCUGCUAUCGCCAGCUCCCUGAUCCGGCAGAAACGCCAGGCGAGGGAAUCCAACAGCGACCGCGUCUCCACUUCGAAACGUCGCCCCAGCCCCAGCAAAGACCCCCGCUCUCUCUGCGAGAGGCAUUUCUUGGGGGUCUUCAGCAAAGUCCGUUUCUGUAGCGGCAAGAAAAGACCCGUUCGGCGGCGACCAGAUGCACCCUUGAAACCUCCACAGGUGUCCCAUAAGGGCUGCAGGCUAGAGCCACAGCUGAAAGGCAUCGUGACGCGACUGUUUAGCCAGCAGGGCUUCUACCUGCAGAUGCAGCCGGAUGGGACCAUCGACGGCAGCAAGGACGAGAACAGCGACAACACCCUGUUUAAUCUUAUUCCCGUGGGUCUGAGAGUGGUGGCCAUCCAAGGGGUGAAGAGCGGCUUCUACAUCGCCAUGAAUGGCGAGGGCAUGCUCUACAGCUCGGAAGUGUUCACACCAGAGUGCAGAUUUAAGGAGUCAGUUUUUGAAAACUACUAUGUGAUCUACUCGUCCACUGUGUACCGGCAGCAAGAGUCGGGAAGGGCAUGGUUCCUCGGCCUGACGAAGGAGGGACAAGUCAUGAAAGGCAAUCGGGUCAAGAAAACUAAGCCCUCAUCUCACUUUGUGCCCAGGCCUAUUGAAGCCUGGUAUAAUUGUCCCAACCUCACACCUAACCUUGUCCGUGUCUGCACGCCCAUCUCUUCAAUCUGCUCUCCGCCGUCCCCUUCUGAUCACCUCCUAUCUUUGUCCUUUUUCUUUCCUCCCUUUUGUUUGCAUUUCUGCCACAGUUUGUAUGUACCGGGAGCCGUCGCUGCAUGAGAUAGAGGACAAGCACCGCUCCAGGAAGAGCUCAGGGACUCCCACCAUGAAUGGAGGGAAAGCUGUCAAUCAAGACUCCACAUAGCACCAGUUACAGGGACUUCCAGCUGUGGGUAGGGGUCGGCCUCAUCCUGACUGAGGGAGAAGGGGCCAAGUUGAAAAAAAUAAACCACACUGCUCCCCCUGAGAGAUCUGGACCUCCAUACUCUUUUUAAGCAAAAGAGGGCGUGGGACAGCUGCAAGGAGCUAUUACUGUACAACCAAGACAACAAAAACAAAACUGAACUCUUGCCUGUGAAAAUGUUUUAGAUAUCUACAUAUAUAUAA